UAUGAAGAUUAAUUAAUACAAUUGGGAACCCUCAUAUGCAUUUGAUCAACAAAAUUGCACAUCAGCAGCAGCAGCAGCAGGAUGCAGAAUUCCUGACUCUUAUACAUAUGCUGCGACGUUAAUUCAAUCGUGACGACAAUGUAUACACUAUUAUCAUCGUUGUUCGAAGAUUGAUCUAUAAAAUAAAGUAAAAUAAAAUGCUCCUCUUCCUCCACCGCGGAUGGGAUGAGAGGGAUGAAAUGAAGCCGAAGAAGCAGGAUCCACGAUCGAAGUCAUAGCAAGUAGUAGGUUAUGAAAUACCGCUGCUUACUCCGUAGUACUAAUUAACCACUACUAAGUAAUAAUGCUGUGUCCGAGACUUGGGGGGUAGAGUAGAUCCUCCCCAGAAUCAGAAUGGUGUUUGGGUGUCGGAGCCCCAGAUCAUCCCUCUCCCGCAGUUGCAGGAUCCAAGAGGACGACCUCCUCCUCCUCCGCCUCCUCCUGGUGAUGAAAUUUCUCCCGCCGCCAACUCAUCCAUAACUGCCCUUUCUCCACCUUUACCUUUACAACCCACCGCCAAACACCAAAUGUCCAAUGACUAAUGAUGGGGCUGCCCAUCUCGUGUACGUCCGUAGAAAGCCCGACCCACCACAUCUACCACCUGCCUCUUCUGACCCGCACCAACCACCCAUACCCGCUCUCGAUUCUGAAUCGCCACCUGGGAAAUCCGUUCAUCAUCAAUACCAGUCUUCUUCUGAAAAUAUUUCUGGCCCUAAUCAAGUCUCUCCUGGGAUUUCAUCUUCCAUGCGCACUCCUCCUGCUCCCACCAAAUUGACUGCUAUUCCUGCCGCUACUCCAAUUACGCAUUGGGAAAAUGAUCCGUCUUGCAAACUAAACAACUCCCUGCACAAGUUGGACCGCUCAGAUCAAAAGGAUUAUAUUGAGAUGCUUCGAUCUCUUUCCUCUGUGGAACUCAGUAAGCAUGCUGUUGAACUGGAGAAGAGGUCAAUUCAGCUUUCCCUGGAAGAAGCAAAAGAGCUUCAACGAGUUCAAGCCCUUGAUGUCUUGGAGAGAUACUCGAAGCACUCGAGAGUGCCCUCGAACCAACAAAACAUGUAAAGACAAUUUAGGUCAAGGGGCACGACCACUGAUGAUCAAGUGAAAGGACGCAGCAGCAUCCCAGACAUGCCGUCCAUAUGCAAAUGUUUCAGAAGAACUGUAGAAAUCCAAGGACAUACUUGACAAGAAUUGCAAAAUUAGAAGUGCAAAGAGUAUGUGAUGGAGGAAUUUGUGUAUCAUGCAUCUUUUUUCUCGUUUGAUGGAGGUAACUUUCCUUGAUCUAUCCGGUAGCACAGAGUCGAGCAUCCAUGGAUGGCCCUACGCGUUGUGGUUUUUGAUGAUACAUACGGUAGGCAUGGCAUGGGAGAGUCCACACAACUUUGGGACAGGUACGGUUAGUAAUAGGUGAAAUUGUUUUAAUUUUU